GAAGGCUUUCGGGGACGGCAUCGUGUCCACACUCUAAGGGCACACGCUCCCUCCGUGGAAAGCCACGAGCGACCGGUUCGAUCGCCGCCUGUCUUUCUUUUUAAGGAGCGCCACGUGCCGGCGCGUGUGUGUAUGUAUGUAUGUCUGUUUAUGCGUGUACAGAAAAGCGCGAUCGUGCGAUUUGGAGCCAGUCUCCUCCCUCCCCGGCGCCUUUCCAGAGCAGCCACCCACUCCCACCUCCCACCCCCCAGCAGCCCCAGCUUGACUGGCGGCGCGCGGGUUGGGCUGGGAGGGUAAAGGCAGCUCGGGCGAGGAAGCGGAGGCGCUGCUGCUGCUGCUGCUGCUGCUUCUCUCUGAUCGCCUCGCCUUCCAAAAGCGAGCGGUUUUUUGCAACGGACGAGGACCGGAGCGCUGGGGCGAAGAGGGAAGGACCAGAGCCGAGGAAGAACCGGGCUCCAAAGCGCUAACCAAGCAACCCCAAUCGCGCGCCGUCGCCCUUUUCUCCGCCAGGCGGCAUGAGCAGCUGCGACGCCAAAGACUACCUGACCAGGAGGGAGAUCCCGCAGCUUUUCGAGAGUUUGCUGAAUGGAUUAAUGUGCUGCAAACCCGAUGAUCCCGUGGAGUAUCUGGAAAGCUGCUUACAAAAAGUAAAGGAACUGGGGGGAGCAGAAAAAGUCAAAUGGGACACUUUUGUCAGUCCGGAAAAAAGGUCACUGCCUCCACUAAACGGCAACCAGUCAAGAAGAGCAUUUUUCAGGAAUGUGAUGCCUGACAACCCCAACUUUCCUUACCGGAGAUAUGAUCGACUUCCUCCAAUCCACCAGUUCUCCAUCGAGAGUGACACGGAUCUCUCAGAAACAGCUGAACUUAUUGAGGAAUAUGAUGUGUUCGACCCGACCAGGCCUCGACCCAAAAUCAUUCUAGUCAUAGGUGGACCCGGCAGUGGUAAAGGAACUCAGAGCUUAAAAAUAGCAGAACGCUAUGGAUUUGAGUAUAUCUCUGUGGGUGAAUUGUUAAGAAAGAAGAUCCAUAGCACAAGCAGCAAUCGAAAAUGGAGUCUGAUCGCAAAGAUAAUUACAACUGGGGAAUUAGCCCCACAGGAAACCACAAUUACUGAGAUAAAGCAAAGAUUAAUGCAAAUUCCUGAUGAGGAAGGUAUUGUUAUUGAUGGAUUUCCACGAGAUGUUGCCCAGGCUCUUUCCUUUGAGGACCAAAUCUGUACCCCAGAUUUGGUGGUCCACUUGUCCUGCUCAAAUCAACGGCUCCAAGAACGCCUAAUGAAACGCGCCGAACAGCAGGGGAGGCCAGAUGAUAAUCUGAAAGCCACACAGAGACGCCUGACUAAUUUCAAACAGAAUGCUGUUCCGCUGGUCAAAUAUUUCCAGGAAAAGGGUCUGAUAGUGACUUUGGACGCUGACAAAGAUGAGGAAGAAGUCUUUCGUAACAUAAGCCUGGCUGUUGACAAUAAGCUAUUUCCCACUCAAGAACCAGGGCCAAGUCCAUGUGAAGUUGACCUUAGCCUCAUUGUGGACCCAGGAGAGAUUCCUGAUCAUGAAUUUAACUUUGAAGAUCAGGCAUAUGAACAAUCGUGUGUUUGCAGGCCUGAAAAUGCAGAUUUUACAGAAGACCUGAAGAAAUCAAACAUAAUUUUUGUACUUGGUGGCCCAGGCUCUGGCAAAGCAACCCAGUGUGAGAAAUUAGCACAAAAGUAUGGAUUCAUGCAUCUGUCUGUAGAAGAUCUGAUCCAAAAUGAGACAGCAUCUGGAAGGAGUAAGAGCAUCAGAGAUAUAACCGAGAGUGGUGAAAUUUUAUCAGGGGAUAUUGUCACGGAGCUCUUAAAAGAAGCUAUACUUACCAAUAUGGAAAAUUCGAAGGGAUUCUUGAUUGAUGGCUAUCCCCAAGAGAUUCAACAAGGAGAACAGUUUGAGAAUGAGAUCGGUGAGCCCUCUCUGGUAAUCUGCAUGGAUUGUUCUUCUAAGACUAUGAGUAGUCGUCUUCUGCAAAGAAGUCAGUGCCUUGAGGAUAAUGUUGAAGCUAUGAUGAAAUGCAUCAAAGCUUACUAUAAAACAGCUGAGCCACUAAUUGCAUAUUACGAAAACAGAAUCCCACUUUUUAAGAUAAAUGCAGAAGGAACACCAGAGGAAGUCUUCCUUGAGAUAUGCACUUCAGUCAAUACUUUUCUGAAGGAAUAGCAUCACUUUCAGAAUUUAAUGUAAUGGCAGUGCUGCAACAGAUACAUGCAUAGUGUCCUUUACAAAUGCUGUUUAAAGCAAUAGCCGCUGCCUUGAAAGAUUAAUGCAUGUUGUAAACAUUGUAAAAAUCUUUGUAACUUAAAUGGUACCGUAAUGACACAUGUGUAAUGUAUAUGGCCUAUGAUAGAGUUUGCAGUUCAGAGAUUUAAAAAAGCCAGCAUGGUAAACAGCAGCUGAGUUUUAUAGAACACACACAUUCUUCAUUUCACUACUACAAGACAUACUAUACAGUCAAGCACAGUAUUCCCUGUCAGUAGAAGUGCUGUAACAGUGAAUUUGCUGCUGAACGCAGAUCAAGUUUUGAGGCUAUUUAAGCUUGCUUUUUUUUUUUUUGUAGUGCUUGAACAGUCUGUUUUCUGUCAUUUUCUUUUACAAGAACAUGUCUGCAAUUAAGUUUGCAGUCAUUUACACACCAAAUAGUGGAAUUGGGAGAGUCACAAAAAGAAGCGUGAUAUGCCAUACAUGAACCAAAUGUGAAAUAAUUGAUUGCAGGACCAGCUGUUGUAUUGAUACGACCAUCCGUGCAAGUAUUCUAUGUAGUUAUGGUUUGAAAGAAUUUUGAUUUACAAUGCUAACAGAGUAUAGUGUAUGCAGAAAAGAAAAAAAGUGCCAAAUAUUGCUUAUAUCCUUAAAGAGCUAAUAAAUGGCAGUAUCCAAGUAUAAAAAAAUAACACGGAUUUCAAGAUCACAGGCAAUAAUUGUCUCUAUAUACUGAUUGCUGUAUAUGUGACAGCUACAUAUAGCAAUUGUCAGCUUUAAAUCCUUUAUUUUAUUGCUUGGCAUUUAACAUGGGAAAUUUAAAAUGUAAAUGAGCAGUGUUUAAUUCAGAUUUCCACAUGUGUAUAUACACACACGAGAUAAUUAUAAAACAGGAUAGUUUUCCUUAUAAUUUUGGCUUGCCACAUAAAUUUGCUUGGAAUUAUAGGGCUUACUCUGGAAUCAGUGUUUGCCUUAAGGAGCUGUGCAAAACACUCUGAAGCUAAAACUUUAAGUCCCCAAAUAUCCUAUUUCAGCGAAAGACUUCAAGAUAGAUACACUUGAUGACUGAAAUAUUGAAGGUUUUUGGAAUGUUGAUCAACAGACAAGAAAAUCUUAAUCAUCUGUAUAAGAAACUGCCUCCUUUUCUUUGGCUGUCCACUAUUUCUUCUUGCAUGCUAGAUCCUAUCAAUAGUUGCAUUAUCAACGAGCAAUUCAGCAAAAUUUGUAUUUUUCAACCUACUACUCUUGUAUGAAAAGGUAAUAAAAAUAAAAUGUAUGGACAAAUGUUAA